AGAAUUUCCGUUGGCGAGUUUAAAUGUUUUGGGUUCACAUUUUUAAAGGGAGCGGAUCGAUUGUUUUGAGUUGUACAGUAACUGAAAAAACAAAUAUAUUUCUCCUUCGUCUGUUCGGGAAUUAGGAUAAACUAGUCUUCUACGAGCUGCGGAAUUUGUCGAUAUUGAGGGAUUUUCCUAUUUUUUUGUAAUCGUUAUGUCCUCGUCCCAGGAGGAUGCGUUAUCCCCAGAAGAGCUGAGGAAAAGACUCUAUCAAACAUUUAAAAACAAAGGAGUGCUUGACACACUAAAAGUGCAGCUGCGGAAUCAGCUCAUCCAGGAGUUGAAGAGUCCACAUUCCAAGGGACAAAAUCCAGCUCUCAGGCCACUACCCGGGACAUCCGAUACUCUUUUACUUUCAGCUUGCAACACUAUAGUAGCCGAUCACCUCCGUACUCUUGGGUAUGAGUACACACUUUCUAUAUUCUGCCCCGAGAGUGGUGUGUGUAAGGACGAGAUUCUCAAGAAAGAAAACCUUCUUCAGAUUCUUAAAUUUAGCCCUUCGACAGCCUUUUUCACAUCUAUGCUAAAUAAAGAAGAUGGUGAUAAAGGGCUCCUGUUCAGUCUUUUAACAAACCUGACACACCAUUCAGCACACAACCUCCGUAAUGACGUCGACACUCAGACAACCAACUUAGCAAGUUACGGAGAGUCCCUCGUUGACAAGAUGAAAAUGAUUGAUAGACAAUACGAGAACUCCAGUUUAGGUGAAGACAAAAUGUUUCCACUCCAGUCAAAACUGGCUGCAUAUAAAAAAGAGAUUGAAGCACAGAAAGAAGCAGAAAUGAACACAAAGCUGAAACAUUUCAAAGAUGUUGAAAUUGCAAAGGUCAGAAUGGAUGAAAAAGCCAAGUUUAAUCAGGAACUUGAAAAGCUAAAGCAAGAACUGGAGAGGACUUACGAAAUGAGGGCAAAGGCACUGAUGGACCGAGAGAAAAAUGCCAUUGAGAGGUUGCAAAAACAGCAAGAGAUUGAAGAAAAAAAUGUCUACAUGCAGAGACAGUUACUGCUGAAAGAAAUCGAAACGCUGCGCAGCAGAGAAAAUGAGUUGAGGAUGAGAACGGAGGCUUUUGAAAAGUCCUGUGAAAUUCAUGAAGAGAAGAUGAGAGCUACUGAAGAGUUGUUGAGGAGGAGAGAACUGGCUGUAAAGACAAUGGAGGACACAUAUGACCAGAGACUGAAGAAUGAACUUUCAAGUUAUCAGCUUGAGCUGAAGGAAGAAUUUCUUAGAAGAACAGAAAAACUCACAGAAAGUGAGAACCGAAACAAAGUGGAAACGGCUCGAAUCCAAAAGGAGUCUGAUUUGAUUGAAUCCAGACUGGAAGAACACAACAGGGCAUGCAUAGAGCUGAAAAGACUUCAGGUUGAGCUAGAAACAGCACAGCAGCAGAUAUCUCUGCUGACUCAACAGAAGGAGCUGUUAAAAGAACGACUGGAGAGUACAAGCGACUAUUCCCGCUUGAAACGGGAGAAAACGGAGCUGCUGGGACAGCUGCAGCUGCUGAAGAAACAGCUGGAAGAAGCACAAGGAGAGAACCAGCGGCUCCGUGCAGAAAUGAUCAAACCAUCUAAGGAAGAACUGGCCUUGCAGACAGAGCUUCACCGACUGCAGAACGCUCGUACGCUGGACGAGGCAGAGUUUGAAAACCAGAAACAGGUGCUGCAAACGCAGCUUCAGAGUGAGGUGGAACGAUGUGCUCAGCUUAAAGCUCAGCUGACAGAGUGUGAGGACAGGGCAGAGUGGAUGACUAAGCAUGUCGAGGAGAUCAAAACACAGCUUCAUCAAACACAGCAAGCUCUGGAAAAUGAAGUGCUGCGUAACCCGAAGCCCUCUCUUGUUGAUCGCUCUGUUCUGGAGUUCAGCGCUGACUCGCUGGUUCCACCCGACAUCUACGUGGACAGAGCUAUGCUGAGGUCCAGGGUGAGUCACCAUGAUGUCUUUGAAAUAGGUGAGCCAUUGCGAAGACACAAGUUCCCCUGGAGCGAUUCUCCAGACUCGGACAUGGAGCUCGUGGCAGAAGCCAAAGCUCGCAUCCAGAAACUGCAGAAGGAGGCUGAAAGCUUGGAGGAAGCUUACAGAAACUACCAGCAGAGGGCAGUGCCCCCCAUUGCCUCUCAUAGGCCUCUUUCACCACAGCAAACCUAUUUUUCACAUUACCCCAGUUCCUCUUUGAGGAAGAAAGACUCUCUGCCUUCACACAACUAUUCAACCCACAGACCAAAGACUUUACUCAAACAACUCACUCCUCAAUGUAUCCAAUCCCCCGCAUUGGUAUCCCACGACACCGGAAACAUCAUGCCUCCUUCAGAAGUCUAUGACCAGCCUCAGGCCCCAUUUGUCCCUGAACAGAGUCGCCAUUCUUUGUCUGAACCUGUAUUUGUAAGAGACGGACAAAGUCAGGAUGAAAGCUCUGCUUCAGUUAAACAAUCGUCUGGGAUGCCACAAUCCUGUUCCAGAAGGAGACAUCAGAAGCAGAAUGCAGAAGAGCCAGCGGUGUCUGCGAUGGCACUCUCCCAGCCGCCACUGUCUGACACACAGCUCUUCUGUGCCUCCGUCGUCACCGUCGCAAACGCAGGUGACUUUUCUCCUGAGCUCAGUCCACCUCACAGCCCCCAGCUCAGGAGCACAGCACGGGACCACUCCAGUCCACCAAAAGCACAGCCUGUGUUUUCCAGCUUGGAGUCUUCCCCGCAUCCAGAGGAGAUAAACCUUGAAGAUCUAACAGGAGAUUUGCAAGAGCCCGGCCACAUUCCAGAGCUUCUCCUGGACACUGCUGUCCCUCUCUCUGAGGAGGCCCCCGAAGGGCCCGCCACCCCCCAGCCCCAGGACCUCCCAGAAGACCCUGCAGACUCGCACAGCCAGCCUGACGUUCAAGAGACCUCAGGUGACUCUGUCAAAAAGGAAGAGGAAGAAGAGGAGCAGAGGUGGGAAAGAGAGCGGAAAGAGAAACAAGAACAAAGGCAGAGGGAGCUAGAAGAAACUAAAGAGCUAGAGCUGCAGGAAUUGGAACGUCUGGCGAAGGAGACGCUUUUGGAAGAGGCAGUGCAAACGGAAAAGGAAGGAGAAGAAACAGAAGAAGAAGCUGACAUUAAGAAAGGAAAAGACGAUGAGCAGAGCAGGGAAGAGCCAAAAGUAGAAAAUCCACUGGAGAAAUACAUGAAGAUGGUUCUGGAAGCAAGAGAGAAGCAGAAUGAGCAGAAGCCUGUAAGAGAGGAAGGAGGACAGAUGAGCCCAGAGGACAAGAGUUUAUUUGAGGAAAAAGAUGAAAGCAUUGCAGCAUUCUCGCUUAAGGAUGAAGAAGACGAGUUCUGGUGAGCCGCCUCAAGAGCUGAAUCGAGUUCUGUAAAGAGUUUCAACCUCGUCACCUUUUUAACCUACAUUUUGAUAUUUUAGCUUUUUAGACCAAUUUGCACUUAUUAGAAAUGUGAAAUAUGCAACUUUUGUAAACUGCUCUAAUAAAAAAAACACACUUUA